AUGCUGGCCUCUGGCAAGGCGAAUGGUCGUCACUUCUGCGGGGCUCACUUGCGCACACCGUCAGGCCGGGGCGGGCUGAUUGUUGGUACUUUCGAUUUCACGACACUCCUCGCCACGUCGGUUGUCGUCGUCCCUCUUCACUCUAGGAGGGAGGGGGGCAGAGCAGGGAGAAACGGGCCGCCUGAAGGGAGGGUGGGGGUGAAGGAGGCAAUGUCCUUUAAGUCAUCUCCUCUUGACGAGAUGGUGGGGAUCCGGUUCCCCAUUUCAACGCGUGGUCGGCUCGUCAAAGCGCCUGAGUCUGUGGAUGUGUUGGACGCAAAUCCACGAAAUGACUCUUCGUUUGUGAGUAGGCGUUCGAGACUACCAGACGUAUUUACCCUAUUUUGUUGA